AUGGCGACCGGUGUCGAUGCGAAGCUCCUGAAGAGCACGAGAUUCCCCCCGGAAUUUAACCAAAAGGUCGACAUGCAGAAGGUCAACCUCCAAGUAAUGAAAAAAUGGAUUGCAGGUAGAAUUUCAGAAAUCCUCGGCAAUGAGGACGACGUUGUCAUUGAGCUUUGUUUCAACCUCAUCGAAGGCAAUCGAUACCCUGACAUCAAGUCUCUACAAAUUCAGCUCACCGGAUUCCUUGAUAAGGAUACUGCUACGUUCUGCAAAGAGCUAUGGAAGCUAUGCCUAAGCGCUCAAUCAAGCCCCCAGGGCGUUCCUAAGGAGCUCCUCGAAGCGAAGAAGCAGGAACUUAUCCAAGAGAAGAUCGAGGCUGGUAGAGCAGCGGAAGAGGCACGCCAACGACGCGAAGAAAUGGACCGCCGAGACCGCGAAUUAGCAAACACCCGAGAGCGCGAAAGACGCGAUCGAUUCCGUGGACGGGGCGACGGCUGGAGGGGUGGACGAAGAGGAGAUCACACUUCCGAUGAUAUCGUGAUUCUGGAGAUGCUUUUAGCGGUGGAGAUCGGUACGUUCCCAGGGGUCGUCGAGGUGGCGGCCGCUAUAAUGGUCGACGGCGGUCUCCUUCUCGAUCUCGCUCGCGGUCCGUUUCACACAGUGCUUCCUCACGCUCCGGUUCUCGGAGCCCGACCCCUCGCCCAUCCCGUCGAUCCAGCCACCGUCCCACCAGUCCAAAAAGGCGUCGCCCGUCUCGGGAGAGGUCAGAGAGCAGAGGAAGGGGAGAAAGCCACAGGAAGCGGUCACGAUCUCCUCGUCGCUCCCCUCAUAGGGAUCCCGAUGAGACGCGAGGAAGACGUUCUUCCAGGCGCCACCCUAACCGAUCCCGUCCUCCCUCACGCUCAUCUUCUCGGCGAUCGUCCCGAUCGGGCGACAGCCACUCUCCACCAUCAAAACGGAGACGCUACUCAGCAUCAUCAUCCGUAUCCUCUCGUUCGGAAUCGCCGCCUCGUCGUCGUCGAUAUGCCCGUAGCAGAUCUUCGAGCGGAUCAUCGCGCGGUCAGUCCCCGGCAAGAGGACGGAGACGCCGUAGCCGAAGCAGAUCCUCAUCUUACUCGUCCGAUGAUAGUCGCAGAAGUCCUAGCCGAAGUAGACGCGACCGCCACUCUCGGUCCGCCGAUAGCAGCAAGACGCGAUCGCCUUCAAGCAGUCGAUCUCGGUCCCGAUCCCGACGACGAAGUGUUUCCCCACGGUCUGACAGGUCCCGGGGCAAAUCUGAUCGAGGUUAGGGACAAUGGCAAUGGCAUCCAUUCGGGUGAUUUCCACGCCUUGGGACGACGGGCUCACACGAGCAAGCUGAGAACAUUCCAGGAACUUCCUCAUGUUGGUGCAACGAGCCUCGGCUUUAGGGGUGAGGCGUUGGCGUGCGCAAAUACGUGCUCAGAGGUGAUGAUAAUCACAAAAACGGCGCAAGACUCUGUUGGCCACUGUCUCCGACUUAAUCCUCAAGGCGGCGGCAUCUCCGAACUGCGAACUGCGUCGACCGCGGUGGGCUCUACGGUCCAGAUCACUCGUCUGUUCGCCAACCUCCCAGUGAGAAAGCAAAUGGCGCUUAAGACAAGCCAGAAAGCCUUGUCCGAUAUCAGGCAUCUGCUACAAGUAUACGCCUUUGCUAGGCCCCAUAUACGGAUUCUAUUCAAGGUCCCCAGCGAUAAUAAAGGGUCCUGGAGCUACUCCCCCGGAAUUCCAUCAACCGUUCAAGAGGUAGCUUUGCAAACAUUCGGCAAGAACCUAGUUAAUAAAUGCCAAUUCGUCAAAGCGACAGAGUCUGCUUCGUGCCAAAACAAGAGACUUGUAGCAGAGCUCACCGCUUCGGAGAUUUCUCAGAUUGAAGUCGAGGGCUUUCUACCGAGAAAAGAUGCAGAUCUCUCCGAAAUUUGCCGCAAAGGGGCAUUUAUAUCAGUCGACGCUAGACCGCUGGUUUCCAGCCGAGGAACGCCUAAGAAGAUCAUGGCGACCUACAAGCGUUAUUUGGAAACAUGUCAAGGAAAUAGGGUGCAGCGUCUCACCAGUCCUUUUAUUCAGCUCAAUAUUCGAUGCCCGCCGGGGACUUAUGAUGUCAAUGUCUCACCUGCAAAAGAUGAGGUUGUCUUCACAGACGAGCCUAGAGUGCUCAAGGUGGUAGAGGAGUUGUUUCAGUCAUGUUAUGCGGCGGAAGAGAACGUUGGAUCCCCGGUUACAGCUGGCCAUGAUCUAUCAUCAGAGGAUAUCAUCGCACUCGAAUCGUUUGCUGAGGAUGAUGACAAGCUAUCAGAACUUAUUGAGCCCCUGAAUACCGACUCCUCAGGCCCCCGACCUUCUAAGGAUACCGCUAAUGAGAAUGGCCAAAAGGGAGAUGCUGACGCGUUGGGCGUAAGCCCGGCUCACGCCUGUCUGGCUUGGGCCGUCGAUAUGUCCAUAGAUUUAGAUGACGACACCGACGAAGAAAAUUCCAUGGUCCACAAUGUUCAACGCCUGUCCGUUAUUGAUCAGCUUCGCCGAGGCUCCGCACAGGAAGGGAAAGAUGUGGGACGUGCUUCAAGUGCUUCCCCUGGGAAUGGGCUUGAUACAAAUGGAAGGCAAUCACCCAUUGGGGGCCCCAAAGCUUCCGUGGAGCACUCGGCUCAUAGCCCUACACAGCAAACCUCCACCGUUAACCCCUGGGGCAUUGCCUGUGUCUCGACAGAAGUAAAGCAGCAUGAAAUCGACACUGACAGUACCGAUCUCGGCUUCAGACCGGCUUCUGUUGAGAACCCCAUUUGUGCAGAUCCUGCACAAACAGUUGGUGCGUUCCCAUUCAAAACCCGGGACUUUCACGCAGAUGUAAUUGGUGAUUUCUCUGGAUACGAACAUUUGACGCCCCCACCCAUGCCAAGGUCGCUCCAGGGGCACCAGAAGCUCCAAACCCCUCCGUCAUCAGCCCGGCGGGCAGGAUCGGGAAAUCGGGGUUUUAGUAAACCAUUCAAGUUACCGACAAUGUCUCACCCCAAGGAUCGGUAUCCUAAUGGACGUGGCAAAGAGAGAUACGGCGAGCCGAGAACUCAACACCAACCGGCAGGCCGCGGCCACAAGAACCCUAGCCUAGACACAGCUUUCUCGUAUCCCUUGCCUAUCACAGAGCUGGUGGGGUGGCCGACCCUCCUAGAGCCCACCAUCCUUGGUCUUCCGGAUCACUUUCUUACCCCAGAGCCCAAUCCUAGUCAGCUGGUUGAUAAUGACACCAGUCCAGGCCGACGGGCUCGAUCGCCAUCACUUAUCGCAUCCAUGAAACGAGGCCGGUCCUCUAUUGCACAGUCAGCCGGCGACCCUGUCAAGGAGGAGGAUCCGGUUGGGCCUUCUACGGCCCCGGAUAUUAGGGACUUUUUGAUGCAACGACCGCGGUCCAUGUCAAGGGAUAAAAAAGACGGGAAGAGGGCACUCAGGAGGGUCAGGAGCAACCUGCUACCGCUAGAGUCGGUCGAGCUGGGUAAAGAGAUGCACACUGUAAUGGUUCGGGAAACUAUUAAUAUCGAUAUCCUUCAGCAGCAGGUCUCCACGAUGAUGGGUAUUGAUAGUUACGUCGCCUCCGGCAAGUGCCAGCUAGGCUUGCCAAACGACUUAGCAUCGGCAACUGAUAUUCAGAACACGGUACAGCGCAUAUUCGGGGAGUGGACAGAAUUUCAAACCGGGAAUUGGUGCGAUUUGAAGCUAGAUCUACGGAGUCAGCUCAAGGGCAAAAGUAGGGAGUACAUGGCUACACCCUGA